GAAACUUAUUAUUGUUACCUGCCCUCAGUCUGGCGCUGGCUAUGGAGCGGAGUUUCGUUGUGAUUGGACGCCUCCUUCCUUGGGCUCGGAGUUUGCUACUGCCCCCUAACUUGGCCAUAGCGACAGACGACUACUUUCACUGGCAAAUAGACAGCAAACGAUAGGGAGAAAACUAAUAUAACGCUUAAUAGAACAGGUGGAUUGGAGUACUUUAAUUGGUGUCUGAUACAUUUAAAAAUUCCUGUAUAAUGUUUGGCGUUAUAAAUGUCUCUGUAAGUAAAAAGACAAAGGCGUGUUUAAGGACAAUUGGCUUAACUGCGUUGUGAGUAGAACUGGUGUUUGUAACGGGGAGUGGGUGCACAAAAUAAAGUUUGUGUCGCCUCAUAUGCCUAUAAAAGGGCUUCUGGGACUUUAAAGGAGGCAAGCUGCGGGUUAGCUGGUAGCUUGAUUUGGAGUAACAUAUGGUAUUAAAAGGAGCACAGCUGGAGGUAGCAUUUCCAUUGCGGUGAUGUCAGAGCAGCUGACUCUACAGCUUGCAGUGUAAUUAGCGAACAGAGCACUCACUCACUUCGUUUAACUUCCUCUGCUUUUCUUAAUCCCGCUUGCUGGAGUACUACUGGUGUUGGUAUUUCCGAGGCUGCUGUUCUGUGUACUGUAUGUGCAGGCUUUCAUUUUAUAUAGUUGCAAAAACCUAUUACUUCUUUGCUCGUUUCCUUAUAAUUCCAUGGGAAGCACUAAAACUACCGAUACAUUGAUCGGAUUGAUACGGCAUGCUACUGAGAAAUGUUAUGAAGGAAGAAUGGAGUUCCCAGACCAUAGCCGCCAGUUGCUGCAGUGUCUGAGUCAGCAGCGUCACCAAGGUUUCCUUUGCGACUGCACUGUUCUUGUUGGAGAGGCGCGAUUCAAAGCACACAGAGCAGUGUUGGCCUCUUGCAGCAUGUACUUCCAUCUCUUCUACAGAGACCAGCUAGACAAAAGGGACCUUGUGCAUCUGAACAAUGACAUUGUGACAGCCCCUGCUUUCAGCCUGCUCCUUGAAUUUAUGUAUGAGGGGAAAAUGGAAUUCAACAACUUGCCUGUGGAAGAUGUGCUGGCUGCAGCCAGCUACCUCCACAUGUAUGACAUUGUGAAAGUGUGCAAAAGCAGGCUGAAAGAUAAAGAGUUGUGCUCUUUGGAGGAAAAGAUUAACGAUGGGGCAGCACUGGGCUGCCUGGAAAAGGAGAGGAGCUCUUCAGACAGAGAGCAGCGUGAGCAUGUACAGCAGCGGCAGAUCCCGGCAGAUGAAUUUGACACAGACAACAGCAAGGCAAGACUGGCUGUCACGGAUUGUGAAAGGUCUACACAGAGCAGGCAGAAGGCGAACGGUCACCCUGGCAGGUCCCCGGACCUUGUAGGUGUCAAUUAUGUGUCAACGGAGGCCGAGUCCUGCAUCCGAACAGCUGGAAAAACAAAAGCUGAUGUCAGUGGUUCUACGGGGGCUCUGUCUCAGAGGUCUCGGGCUUCAGAUGAUGCAGACUGUGCUCUGGAUUUGACUUUCAAGCCUCUGUCGAGCAGAGAUUCCUUACACCCCUACGUUUCAGGACAGCUGGCUUCCGACAGCCAGCAGCAGGGCAGCGAGCCACUUGUUAAAGACGAACACGACUUGCUGUCAGACCAGGAGGACAGUGAGCCCAUGAGCCCUGAGAGCCAGCGCUUUGGGAAUUCAGCCAGGAGCUCAGUGGUGACAGGGUUCGCAGCCCUUUUCCCAGGCAACAAUGGCUCCUCGGCCGCCCUCCACCCCCGGGAGGAUGAAGAUGUGAUGGAGCAGGACGGAGCUGAGGGAAGAGGAGGGGUGAGCGGCAGUGAGGAGGAAGAGGAGGAAGACCUGGCCUCAUCUGAUAUCUCCACCUCCAGCGGCGUGCUCCUGCCCCCCGGCCAGCAGAUCUGCGUGUGCCCCCUCUGCAGCAAAGUCUUCCCCAGCCCCCACGUGCUGCAGCUCCACCUCAGCUCCCACUUCAGGGAGAAGGACGGCACCCGCUCCAAGCUGUCCCCUGAUGGCUCGGUGCCCACCUGUUCCCAGUGUGGCAAGACCUUUUCUUGCAUGUACACCCUAAAGCGCCACGAGAGGACUCACUCUGGAGAAAAGCCCUACACCUGCGCCCAGUGUGGCAAGAGCUUCCAGUACUCGCACAACCUGACCCGCCACGCCGUGGUCCACACACGCGAAAAGCCCCACGCCUGCAAAUGGUGCGAGAGACGCUUCACUCAGUCUGGGGACCUCUAUCGACACAUCCGUAAAUUCCACUGUGGUCUUGUGAAGACUCUGGCUAUUGGAUAAUGAAGAAUUACUACCGGAGUAGAUGGUAUAUAUAUAUUUUAUAUACAGUAUAUGUAGAUAUGUACAGGUCAGUAUACAGUACAAGCACCACCACACUUGGCACUUGUGGUAUGGCUGCAUUGUAAAACUAGCCAAUUACAAUUUCAAUUCAACAAGCCAUUUAUCUGGCAUAGUUCUUUUUGGAAAGACCAGUUUAAAUAGCAGAUCAUGCAGGCUAGUAACAUACCUUUUGGUUAAAACCAACACCAAGUGGAGCAAUCACAAAAGCUGAAAUAGCAGUACUUUCAUUACAAUUUGGUAAGUUCUGUAUCUUCGAUUAUGCAAAAUGCAGUCUUUCAGAUUUGCAGCAACUUGCCAAGUAUAUGGAUGGCGUUCUACUGUAGGGUGACGGCAAUGUUUAUAUUUACGUAAUAUGCAUUCUGUAGUUGAUACGCACCAUAAAAUUGACAGCUUCAUAAAAAAAAAAAAAAAAGAUAUAUAAGUAGGCUUUACUUCUUAGCAUACAUACAGUAUUCAGGUGUGGUUUGGUCUGUAAACUCUUUAUAUAAUGGAAGUGAUGACCUUUUAAAUAUGUCAUACUCUGUUAUAAAUACACACACACACACACACACACACACGUUCAUUUAUAAGUAUUGGUCUUUGAUUUGUGUGGAGAGUGUACAACAAAGAAAGGCACUGACAUUGCCAACGGUUCCCAUAUCAAGAAAAAUUAAGUGUACUUUAAAGAGGGUGAGUUUACGCCGUGCUAUGUUUAUUUUUUGGUUUUGUUUGGCUUUUUUUUUUUUUUUUUUUUUUAAACGGCCAAGACAGUAUUGCAGUGUUCUUUUUCAAGUAAGUCCCCACAUUCUUGUCCUAACCACAAAACUAUUGCCCUGCUGUUGAAAGAAAGAAGAAAACGUAUUGAUUCAGUGCAGCAACUAGAGGUUAAGCUGAAGGGGAGCUGAGGUUGCUUGCUGCAUCUCUGCUUGUGUUGACUGUGUAAGCUGACCUAUGUAUUUUUUAUGUUUUCAAUUUUGUUGCUAUGAUGCAUAUUU